AUGAUGGUGCACUGUGCCGGCUGCGAGCGGCCCAUCCUCGACCGCUUUCUGCUGAACGUGCUGGACCGCGCUUGGCAUAUCAAAUGCGUGCAGUGCUGUGAGUGCAAGACCCACCUCUCGGAGAAGUGUUUCUCGCGCGAGGGCAAGCUCUACUGCAAAAAUGACUUCUUCAGGCGCUUCGGCACUAAGUGCGCCGGCUGCGCGCAAGGCAUCUCGCCGAGCGACCUGGUCCGGAAGGCACGCAGCAAAGUCUUCCACCUCAACUGCUUCACCUGCAUGGUGUGCAACAAGCAGCUGUCCACGGGUGAGGAGCUCUACGUCAUCGACGAGAACAAGUUCGUGUGCAAGGAUGACUACCUGAGCUCGUCCAGCCUCAAGGAGGGCAGUCUCAACUCAGUGUCAUCCUGUACAGACCGCAGUUUGUCCCCAGACCUCCAGGACCCACUCCAGGACGACCCCAAGGAGACGGACAACUCCACUUCGUCGGACAAGGAGACGGCCAACAACGAGAACGAGGAGCAGAACUCGGGGACCAAGAGGCGCGGCCCCCGCACCACCAUCAAAGCCAAGCAACUAGAGACGCUCAAGGCGGCCUUCGCCGCCACGCCCAAGCCCACCCGCCACAUCCGCGAGCAGCUGGCGCAGGAGACCGGCCUCAACAUGCGCGUCAUCCAGGUGUGGUUCCAGAACCGACGGUCCAAAGAACGGCGGAUGAAACAGCUGAGCGCGCUGGGCGCUCGGAGACACGCCUUCUUCCGGAGUCCGCGGCGCAUGCGUCCGCUGGGCGGCCGCUUGGACGAAUCUGAGAUGUUGGGGUCCACCCCGUACACUUACUACGGAGACUACCAAGGUGACUACUACGGGCCGGGCGGCAGCUUCGACUUCUUCGCGCACGGCCCGCCUUCGCAGGCGCAGUCUCCGGCCGACUCGAGCUUCCUGGGCGCGUCGGGGCCCGGCUCGACGCCGCUGGGCGCCCUGGAGCCGCCCCUCGCGGGCCCCCACGCCGCGGACAACCCCAGGUUCACCGACAUGAUCUCGCACCCGGACACUCCGAGCCCCGAGCCAGGCCUGCCGGGGGCGCUGCACCCCAUGCCCGGCGAGGUCUUCAGCGGCGGGCCUAGCCCGCCCUUCCCCAUGAGCGGCACCAGCGGCUACAGCGGACCCCUGUCGCACCCCAACCCCGAGCUCAACGAGGCCGCCGUGUGGUAA